UUGACAUUUCCAAAUCUGCAUAUUUGUUAACCUUCAACGCUUUAACUGAUUAUCCUUGAUGUUUAAGAAAACAAGUUAUUGUGAAAUUUAAAAAUCCUAAGAUGUCAAUUCUCAUCCAUUUCGUUCGAAUAUUCGAUGAUGAAUGUACCCAAAAAUAAUUUUAAGAGUUUUCCGAACCUUAGUGGAAAUUUUCAUUGCAUUUCUAAAAAUGUGUGCGAGUGUGGAUGAAUCUAGUAAUGAACCAAAAAUAUACAAAUUUCUCCCUUUCAAGUAUGAAGAAAUAGUUCCAAGUAAUGGAAGUAGAAUACCACUAGCUAGAAGUGGUCAUAGGAUAGGAGCAGACUCAUGUAAUUUCUACUCGUUCGGUGGAUACAAUCCUUUGAUCACACAUGACGAGACCAACAGGGAACAUGACGAUUUUUUGGAAAAUUCUUUUCCCCUGUUUCAGGAAUUGUGGAAGUUUAAUUUUGCAUCCAAAACGUGGGUUCGUUAUCCAAACAGCGAGACCCUACCUGUUGAAUUAGCUUCCAAUGCAUUAUUGCUACAUGGAAACUUAUUGAUGGUUUACGGAGGUACUGGUUCGCCAUUUGGUUAUCGAUGUAGUAACCAACUGUACAUUUGUAAUAUUAGUGAGGAAGAUGCCAAAAUGGCAGAAAUUAAGGCUUGGGGGAAAUUUCCUCUACCUUUAUAUGGACAAGCUCUCGUAUACCAUAAUGAGUGUUUGUAUACGAUAGGUGGAACAACUGGAUUGUCAUAUACCUGUGAUAUACAUAGAUUAGAUUUACAUAAUUAUGAAUGGAGAGAAGUGUUUUUAAGUAAAGGGCAAAUAAAUAAUGAUGAACCCGAGGGCAGAUAUAGACAUGAAGUGGCUUUUGACGGUGAGAAUAUAUUCAUACUGGGAGGUGGAACUGCACAAUUAGUAUAUGAUUUUGAAGAUCUACCUACCUUUAAUCUUGAGAAAAAAUGCUGGAAGACCACCAAAACCUUGAAGGAUAUUAGUUAUGGGGCUCCUGCUCCUCGAAGAUGCCACGGAGCAGCUCAAAUAGACAUUGAUGGCAUACAUCAAGUAUUCAUAACCGGAGGACAUGAUGGAGAAAGGAUAUUUGAUGAUUUAUGGAGGCUCAAUUUGAAGACCUACCAAUGGACGUACUUUCCAAAAUGCACUCUGCCAAGAGAGGUUUAUUUUCAUGCAACCGCAUCAACCCCGGAAGGGAGGUUGUAUGUUUUCGGUGGUAUUUACAGUGACGAGGAGAAUUUCAUUAGAACGAAUUCAAUUUAUUCCACAUGGCUGUGCAUACCUAAAUUAAGUGAAAUGUGCUGGGAAGCGGUUCUGUUGUAUUUUCCUCAUAUUGUUUGCUGUGACCAUAACGAGUUACUCAACGUAGGCCUACCAAGAAAUUUUGUCAAACGUUUACCCAACAAAAACUCUUCUAUUGUUUACUGAUCAACAUUAAAUAAUUUUGAAAAUAA